GGUGGUAUAGAAAUAGUUGUAAUUUUGUGAAGGAAUAUAAGGUCAGAAAAUGCAGUAUUCGCGUCUAUCCCGCCAUGCGACUCUGGGUAAUAGUUUGAAGUACGACUGAACAAUAUUAUGAGUUGAGAAUGACUUUCAAACCUGACAACAUGUUAGUACUCAGAAGCAGGAAGAUUUUCGCGCGCAAUCUUGGGCUGCCGACGGUACAAUUAUCGGCGUACCCUUUGCUCGUCUACCGAAUUUUCUCGUAUAUGAAUGUUUUCAAGAUGGAAUUUCCGUCGUCAAUCUCUAGUGUCUUCAGCUAUGCUCCGAUCAUGCCAACAAUUUUCGGCCGCCUUCAGAUACUUCACUCUUAGCCCUUCAUCCAUCUUUGCUGUUGAGUUUCUUCAUUCGCUGUCUUCCACUUCAUCAUCCUCUAACUUCCACAAUCUAUCCCUUUUAUUGCAAGGUCGUAUUUUACAUUCUCAUCUCCGCCAAAUCCAUGCCCGUAUCUUUAGGCUCAAUGCCCAUCAAGACAACCUGGUAGCAACUCGUCUCAUUGGACACUACCCAUCUUCAUUCGCUCUUCGUGUAUUUAACCAACUUCACAAUCCCAAUAUCUUCCCUUUCAAUGCCAUUAUCAGAGUCUUAGCUGAAAAUGGUCUCUUCUUCCUUGCAUGUUCAUUCUUCAACAACUUAAUACAACGCUCUCUUUCUCCUAAUGAUCUCACCUUUUCUUUCCUUCUAAAGGCAUGUUUUCUAUCCAAUGAUGCCCAAUAUGUAAAUCAAAUUCAUACCUACAUCAUAAAACUGGGUUACCUUUGUGAUCCUACUGUCUGUAAUGGUCUUCUUUCAGUUUAUGCCCAAGGGUUUAAAGAUGUGGCUUCUGCACACAAGUUGUUUGAUGAAAUGCCGGAGAAAGGAUCAGUUACUCCUUGGACUAACUUAAUUGCAGGUUACGCACGAUCCGGUCGGAAUGAGGAAGUUUUGCGUCUUUUUUGUUCAAUGAUUGAGAAGAAUUUGCGGCCUGAAAAUGAUACCAUGGUUAGUGUUUUAUCAGCAUGUUCUAGUGCUGAGAUCUUUGAUAUUGAGAAAUGGGUAACGAUACUCUCAGAAAUCAUUCACAACUCUGAUAAUAAAAUACCAAAUCGUGAUUCAGUUAAUAUAGCUCUCAUUUACUUAUAUGGUAGGUUGGAAAAUGUUGAGAAAAGUAGGGAAAGAUUUAAUGAGAUAUAUGCUAUUGGAAAAAUGAGUGUUAUCCCCUGGAAUGCUAUGAUUGGGGCAUAUGUUCAAAAUGGUUGCCCCAUGGAAGCUCUGAGUCUCUUCCAUUUAAUGAUGGAGGAUUCUAAUUGUAGACCUAACCAUGUUACAAUGGUUAGCGUGCUUUCAGCUUGUGCUCAAAUGGGUGAUUUAGAUCUUGGAAAGUGGGUUCAUCAGUACCUGGAAUAUAACGGACGCAAAGGGGUUUUAGAAACCAACACAUUUCUAGCCACUGCGUUAAUAGACAUGUAUUCUAAAUGUGGGGAUCUGGAGAUGGCAAAACGGGUUUUUGAUCAGAUGAUCUCUAAGGAUGUUGUCUCGUUCAAUGCCAUGAUCAUGGGUCUUGCAAUGAAUGGUGAAGGUGAGGAAGCUGUUAGUCUUUUAUCCAAAGUGCAUGAGCUUGGUUUGCAUCCCAAUGCUGGAACAUUCCUUGGCCUUCUAUGUGCAUGUAGUCACUGCGGUUUGUCAGAGGAAGGAAGACAAAUAUUUCUAGAAAUGAACUCACGGUUUUCUGUUCAUCCUAGAUUGGAACAUUAUGCUUGUUAUAUCGAUAUUCUUGCCAGAGUUGGCCUUGUUGAAGCAGCUCUCACGGUUGUUGAUUCCAUGCCUUAUGAGCCUAAUAACUUUGUCUGGGGGGCUUUGCUUGGAGGUUGUGUGCUCCACUCUAGAGCAGACUUGGCCCAAAAGGUGUACAAAAAGCUUGUUGAAGUUGACCCUCAGAAUUCGGGGGGCUAUGUGAUGUUGGCAAAUACAUUAGCAGUUGAUCAUCGAUGGAAUGAUGUUUCAGUGCUGAGAUGGUUAAUGAGGGAGAAGGGGGUAAAGAAGCAGCCAGGGCACAGCUGGAUCAGCAUUGAUGGGGUCGUACAUGAGUUUCUUGCAGGGUCGCCAUCCCAUCCCAAAAUGGAGAGCAUAUAUCAUACGUUAAAUGGAUUGGUCAAUGUAAUGAAGGUAACGAGUCCUUAGAAAAUACUUUUCGAGAAAAUAUAUAUAUAAAACGAGUCCUUAGAAAAUACAUGCAGCAGCCAUGAAUAGAAUUCUUGGCUUCCUUUUUUCAGAUGGAGCUCUGAUGGCUGUCUUGAGCAGUUCCAUCUAAAAUGUAUAUUGCAUUCUUGACUUUAUUCGAAUUAAAAUAUUUCUUU